UGGCCGCGGAGCCGGCGCCGCCCCGCCUCUCUCGCCGCCUCGCUCCGCCCUUUCCGUCUUUUCCGCCGCCGCCAUCGGUGGGACGCCAGCCUGCUCCGCGCCAUGUCGUCUCACAAGACGUUCAAGAUCAAACGCUUCCUUGCUAAGAAGCAGAAGCAGAACCGGCCUAUCCCGCAAUGGAUUCGCAUGAAAACGGGCAAUAAGAUCAGGUACAACUCCAAAAGGAGACACUGGAGAAGGACCAAACUGGGCUUGUAAGAGAGACUGUCUCCUGGGAACUCUAAUGACACUUGUCUUUCUGCGUCAGAUUGAUACGCCCCAUACACUGUUCGGCGACCCCCAAGUGAUUCCUUCUGUAGUGUUGGACUGCAAUCCCCAAGGUGUUUGGUUUUUUUUUUUAUAAGCUAGUCUGGGUCAUUGAUGUUAACUGGGAAAAUCUUGAAGUAAUUUCCAUCUGAAACAUGAAGACUGUUCUAUUAGUGUUCUUUCUUUCAGGCGUCAUCAUGAAUAUUGACAGUGUACAAGCUUACUAAUAAAUAUGGACCUGAAUGA